CAUAGCGCUCUAUAUUUGAAUCAGAAAUUAGUGUACGAUAUUGUUUAUAUGGAUAAACUGUUAAGUUGGACAAAAUAAGUGAAUUAAUAUUCAUUUUACAAAUUAACUAGGAGAAAUUAGAAAAGAUAUAUUUCUGCCUAUCAGGAAGUCUGCCUAGCAUUACAGGAAAGAAACAUAAAACUUCAGGUUUCUCCUUGAAAGUUACCCUUACAAUAAAUAUGCUGGAAUUGCCAGAAAAUCUUGUGAAAUCUCUUGAGCUUCUAAGAACUGGUCUGGAGUAUUGUUUUGAAGAAGAAAAUCCACUUUUUGAUGGUAUAAAACAAAUUAAAGAAUUCAAGGAUGUUCAACAAAAUAAAUACAAUGAAAGCUUGAAAGCUCUACAGGCACGUUGUCGAGAAGAACAGAAUAAACUGAAAGAUAUUUCAGUCCAAGAAAUAUAUAAUAAAAAAAUUGAGAAACUUCAGUCAGAACUCAACUCCAAAAAGGAACAGUUAGAUAAGAUUAAAGUUGAGUGUUCAGAGUUGAAAGAGGCAAUAAAACAGAAAGAAGAGGAGAAAAAGCAACUUGAUAAAAGAUUACAAGAAGUGAGAGAGAAAAAAUUGGAGACUAUACCUGCUUUAAGAAAAGAAUUGAUGCUGUAUACGAAAAUAACUGGCUUGAGAUGGGACUACGACAGCUCAGAAGAUGAAAUUAAAGGUUUAAUUAAGUCAAAUAUUGAAGUGAAGCCGUUCUCUCUGAAUCUUAACCAGAACUCCCAGUUCUUUAUCACCAAUCAUCUGUGGGACCUCAUCGGUAGCCAACAGUGAUUUUAUUCAUCUUACUUAUUGAUAAGAUACCCGACUAACAUUAACUAACUAUCUCGUUAGUCACUGACAAGGUUCUAAACUCCUUGGAACUUUUACUACAAUGUCUGAUAUGGCAAAAGAUCCAUUUUUGUAUUCUAUUUAUUGUGACCUAAAUUAAAAAUUGCUUCUUAUGAAAAGUACAGAAAAUGAUAGCAACCAAGAAAAGUGUAAAGUAACUGCUCAGCCAAAUUGUGAUCAGAUUUAUUUUUUUUAUAUUGAUGUUGAUGUCAUGAUUAAACUGGUGAACUAAAUACGACAUAAAAUUAAAAAAAUUAAAAAACAAACAAAUGCACACCAUUUAUUCAUACAAAAUAGCCCCAAAAAAGUUGACCCCUUUGUGUGACUUCUUUAAUAAUUCUUUAAAAAAAAACAUUAUCCAAAUCUGUAGAAUUGUGUAAAAAUGGUAGAAACAGAUUAUCAAAACAAAAGAUCUGAACAAGAUUUUAACUUCACUUCAUACCAAUGGUUUUGAUUGUCUCUAUUAUCUGUUCUACAUGUUUACCUACCACUGACAAGCACACCUUUUCUCAUAAGUAUGAUAUGAUUGUUUGAGAUAACACCCUUGGUUUUUGGUGCUUGUCUCUACUGAACUCGUUAAAUACAUGAAGAAAAGUGUGAAAUUGUAUUAAUUGAUAACACCCUUGGUUUUUGGUGCUUGUCUCUACUGAACUCGUUAAAUACAUGAAGAAAAGUGUGAAAUUGUAUUAAUUGAUAACACCCUUGGUUUUUGGUGCUUGUUUGUACUGAACUUGUUAAAUACAUGAAGAAAAGUGUGAAAUUGUAUUAACUGAAGAUGUGUUAUGUUUGCACAGAGUAAAUGAUGAAGAAAUACUGCAAAUAAUUAACAAUAUUAAAAACUUCAAUUUCUGUACUUUAUUGUGUAUGCGAACAAAACAUCGGCAACAACAGGCUUUAAAGAUUAGAGACAAAAAAAAUAUUCGCAGAUCAGAUUUUUGAGUAUUAGAAUGUUAGUGUUCAUAAUUUUGAAUCAUUAAAUAUUGGUAUGAUAAUGUUUACUUUUAGCAGAAACUUAAUAAGGGUCAUUGUCUUUUUUUUGUGUGUGUUAUUUGUUUUCAACUCUGUGAUGGAAAUUAUCAGUUUGAUAUAGUUAGUCAAAUAAUGGUUGCAGUGUUUCAUCCACAGAGGAGGAAUAAAUGGUAGCUUUAGGAUCCAGAAAUGGUUUUUGGUGUUUGAUUUCAUGGUUUUGUACUUCAGAUGUGGAAGGUUAAGUAUGUAAACGCAUACUACUAGUAUUCAAUAUUUUAUUUUUACUUUACAUUUUAAGAAGCUUCUGAUAUUAGUUGACAUAUUUACUUGUGUUGUAUAUUCAGAGUAAAAAUGUGUGUAUAUUUUACUUGCAUGUAUAACUGUAGUAGCAAGCAUAAAUUAGUUACAUGUAACUUAGAUAAAAACUUGUAUGCGUGCCAAGCUCCCGUUACUGCAAGCUUUCGUUUCAUAUAUUUGUACAUGACAAUUACUGUAAUAUGAUAAUAUUCAGUUUAGCACUUUUUAAUUAGAUACCGAUUAGACGAAAAUGUUUGAUGCAUGUUUUAAAGACUGAGGUAUAUAAUGUUGAUAUUGAAAGUAAUCAAAUGUGUAUUGUUUUUUAUCACUUGCCAAAUAAAAGUGGCAAAGAAU